AUGGUGAUUACCAAUCCUCAAGUGCAGGAUGCAGUUGAAUUCAACAAUCAAGGUUUUCGGACCAGUCGGGAAUAUGCUAGGUACCUACGUAGCUUUCGCGAUCGUUCCAUUCAACCUUCCUUCACCAUUCAACCCUCUGCUUUCAACAAGUAUGGGAUGGAUCUCCCUUCCAUGCUUGCCGGCCUCGGCUGGAGCUCGUUGGUUGAAGACCAACGUUUCAGCUUCUAUCCUGAAGCAGUCAGGAUGUUCUAUGUGAGCAUCAAAAGGGGGCCUGGUCCUGAACCUUCGUUCUUCACCAUUGUGGUUUAUAACCACAAGAUCAAGGUGUCACCUGACUUGCUUGCCUCAGUUCUAUCGUUGCCUCACUCUGGUCUCCAGGCUGGGUUUGAUGGGGAGUUCCACGAUCUGGGGUUCGAUUUCAUGACCUCAUUGUCUCUAUUCACUGAAGAUACAAGGAGGUUCUUCUCUCAUCACCUUGAUGUCGGUCGGCUUCCAGAUGACCUGAAGGUGUUCCACUGGUUCAUCACUCGGUGUUGGCUGCCUCGUGACCUGCGGAGCUCGGCUGUGUUGCACCCUACUGAUCUCUGGAUCAUGACUCAUGCUCGAGCUUGUCAGCCCAUUAGCUUUGCCUCCUUAGUUUUUCGUCACAUGCUCCGCUUUGGAGAUGGUAACUACAGUGGGAACUUGCCCUUUAGACCGCUUAUCACGCGACUGCUGUACAGGCUCCAGUUUGAUUUGCGCGACAAAGUCACCAUCUGCAAUAUUCAUGAGGACUUGCGCCCGAACCACAUUCUCAAUCGCCUGGACCCUGACGUAGGCCGCCGUAAGCUUGUAACUUGCUCAGGGGGAGGAGCUGGUGGAUUCCUUCCUGCUGGGCCUGACGCAUCUCUUGAACUGGUUCCGGCAUUACUUAAGGCUGCUAUUUCAGCCAUCGAUGGUGAAGUUUUGAAAACCAAAGUUGCUGAGCCAAGUCAGGACGGUCUAACCAGAGCAUCGCUUGGGCUGCUGCUAUGCAAGGAACGUUUGGAGCUUAUGCAGGCUCCCCAAGGAGAUCUGGAGGAUGAGGCAGAACCUGCCCCUGAGGACUUCGAUCCUAUGUCCUCGGACUCCGGAUCUGAUGAUGACAUUUCUGAUUACGAUUCACCUCCUAAUUAUCCCUUCUAG